CGCCGUCUUCUUCCUCCAUUUUACCACCAACGACGAACGCCUCUAGACUCCCACUUCGGUUAAAACCCGCUGAAAGCCCCGACGGUGAACAAGGAAAUAAUAAACUCGAAAGAUGGCACCGUCCUCACUCUCGACACACCUAACCCUUCUGACUCUCCUUUCCGCCUCCACCUUUUACUUCCUCUACAAAUCCCGCCGUCGCCUAAAACCCUUCAAGCAACUUCCUUUAAACUCUAACCCUAGAAAAGGUAAGCUUUUCUUUAUUACCCAAAGAGGAACAUCCAAAGCCCUAGCCCAACGCUUGCUUAAAGUCUUAUCCUCCAACAACAUCCCUUUCGAGCUCGUCGAUCCCCAAAAUUACGAACCCGAGGAUCUACCUAAGGAAUCCCUAAUCAUUAUCAUAGCUUCCACCUGGGAAGAUGGAAAUCCUCCUCAUAACUCGAAAUUCUUCGUCAAUUGGCUCGCCGAAAUCAGCACCGAUUUUCGCGCCGGGAGUUUGUUACUCUCAGAUUGUAAAUUUGCUGUCUUUGGAGUCGGUAGCCGGGUUUACGGAGACACGUUCAAUGCGGUGGCGAGGGAUUUGGGAAAGAGGUUGAGAGGGUUGGGAGCGACGGAGAUGGUGCCAGUUGGGGAAGGUGACGUAGAUGGAGGUGCAUUGGAGAGCUUCUUUGAAGAGUGGGGUCAAAAGGUGGUUACCGUUUUGAAAGGGGGAUUAGUUAUGGAGAAUCACAACGACAUUGUUUACGAGAGUGAUGUUGAUAGCCUUGAAAGUGAUGAUGAUGGUGGUGGUGGAGGAGGGGGAGACAUUGUUGAUCUUGAAGAUAUAGCAGGUAAAGGGCCAUCGAGAAAGAAAUCGGUUAAUGUGGUUGAAACUAAUGGGAAAUUGGAUGGGAAAAGAGAGAUGGUGACGCCAGUUAUCAGGGCUAACUUAGAGAAACAGGGAUAUAAGAUUAUUGGUUCACACAGUGGUGUGAAAAUCUGUAGAUGGACCAAGUCUCAACUUAGAGGACGAGGAGGUUGCUACAAGCACUCAUUUUAUGGAAUAGAGAGUCAUAGAUGCAUGGAAGCUACACCUAGUUUGGCAUGUGCCAAUAAAUGUGUUUUCUGCUGGAGGCAUCAUACGAAUCCAGUAGGAAAGAGUUGGCAGUGGAAGAUGGAUGAUCCCUUAGAGAUUGUCAAUACUGCCAUAGACCUUCAUACAAAGAUGAUUAAGCAAAUGAAAGGAGUUCCUGGGGUUACACAAGAGAAAUUGAUGGAAGGUUUAUCCCCUCAGCACUGUGCCUUAUCACUUGUUGGUGAACCAAUUAUGUAUCCAGAAAUUAAUGAGCUUGUGGAUGAGCUGCAUCGAAGGCGAAUCUCUACAUUUCUAGUUACUAAUGCACAGUUCCCUGAAAAAAUUAAAUCGCUGAAGCCCAUAACCCAGUUAUAUGUGAGUGUCGAUGCUGCAACAAAGGAUAGCUUGAAAGCAAUUGAUAGACCACUCUUUGGGGACUUCUGGGAAAGAUUCCUUGAUUCCUUGAAAACUCUCGAUGAGAAACACCAACGAACUGUAUACCGCUUGACACUUGUGAAAGGAUGGAAUGCAGAAGAUGUAGAUGCUUAUUUUAAACUCUUUAGCAUUGGGAAGCCUGAUUUUGUUGAAAUCAAAGGCGUAACAUAUUGUGGAUCUUCUGCCACAUCAAAGUUGACAAUGGAGAAUGUGCCAUGGCAUUCUGAUGUGAGGGAUUUCUCGGAGGCAUUGGCUCUGAAAAGUGAAGGGGAGUACAAGGUUGCAUGUGAACAUGCACACUCAUGCUGUGUGCUCUUGGCGAAAACAGAGAAGUUCAAGGUCAAUGGCCAGUGGCAUACAUGGAUAGACUACGAAAAUUUUCAUGACCUGGUGGCUUCAGGAAGACCUUUCAACAGUGAGGAUUAUAUGGCUCCCACUCCAUCAUGGGCUGUCUAUGGAGCUGAGGAAGGUGGAUUCGAUCCUGACCAGUCUCGGUACAGAAAGGAGCGACAUCACAAGUCAAAGCGAUGAGGACGUCAGGGAUUUGCACUGGUAUGAGCAAAUAUAUCCAUUCUUAUCAGCAAACACAGACAACCUUUUCUUUUUUGCAUCUAAACAGUUUUGUUUUUAGGCUAUAAUAUUGGAUAUAUCUAAUUUAAAUGAUAGUUUUCUGCCUUUAACUUUGUUGUAUUCAUAUUCGCUUUAAACAAUUUUGAUUUCAA